UCUUUUCUUUCCUUCCUUCCUUCCUUUCUUCCUUUUCUUCUUCCUUCCUCCUUCCUCCUUUUUCUCCUUCCUUCUUUUCCUUCUUUCUUUCCUGUUUCCUUCUUCUUUCCUCCCUCCCUCCUUUCUUUCCUUCCUCCUUUUCUCCUUCUUUCCUUCUCUUUCUUUCCUUUUAUACUUCUUUCCUUCCUUCUCUUUCCUUCCUUCCUUCCUUCCUUCCUUCCUCCAUCCGUCCCCUUGAGGGCGCCCCUUUCUCGGCCUCCUUCCUUCCUUCUUUCUUUUCUUUCCUUCCUCCUUUCCUUCCUUCUGCCAAUGAGCGAGAAGGGGAAGGAGAAAGGGGGCGUGGAGGAAAGAAAGAAAGAAAGAAAGAGAGAGAGAGUGAAAGAAGGAGGGAAGAAGGAGGGAAGAAGGAGAGAUGCCUGGGGAGGAGGGAAGGAGCAGAAGCCGGAUCCGGUCCCGGGAAAGAGGGGGAUGAAGGGGCCUUAGGAAGAGGAAGAGAAGGAGGAAGAAGAAGAAGAGAAGAUGGGCAACCAGAGCAGCACCAGAGUCCACGAGGAGGAGGAGGAGGAGAAGGAAGAGAAGGAGGAAGGCUCCAUCCCGCCGUCGUCCAAACGCACAGGGAUCCCGGCUCCACGGGAGUUGCCGGCCUCGGUGGCAAGAGAGAAGGCGUCCCUGCGUCCACGCAAGGCCCAGCCUGGCCCCGCCUCCACCUCCGCGUCCGCUUUGGGGGCUCCCACCCCGAGCAAGGCCUCGCGGACCGUCCCCAAGCCCAAGGGCAAUGAGGCCGAAGCCGGGGACAAAGCGGCCCUGGAGUCGCAGGUCAAGGAGCUGCUGGCCGAAGCCAAGGCGAAGGACUCGGAGAUCGGCAAGCUGCGGAGCGAGCUCAAGAAGCGGCCGGCCAACGGGGAGCUGCCCGGGUCGGCCGACCCUUUGGUGCGGACUCUGCGGGAGAAGAACCAGGCGUUCCAAAAGGAGUUGUUAGGCCUCGGGGAGGAGAACCGGGCGCUGAGAGAGAAGCUGGCCAGCUUGGAAAACUCCCCAUCGUCGUUGUCGUCGGACACUGUCGGCAGCAACCUCCCGACGCCGACGACGCAGGAAUCGAGUUUCGGGAGCCCCUCGGCGGACGGGACCGGCGGGAUUUUGCCGCCUUUCCGGCCUUCCGGCUCGUCCAGCAGUGAUGUAACCAAAGCGUCCUUGUCGCCAGACAUGUCGGACUUCGAGCACAUCACGGAGGGCCCCUCGCCCUUCAAGACGUCCCCCCGGCCUUCCACCUCGGGGAGCUCCCCCAACAACGCCAGCGACCUCUCGGUGGCCUCGCUGACGGAGCGCAUCCAGCGGAUGGAGGAGAACCACCACUGCACCGCCGAGGAGCUGCAGGCCACUUUGCAGGAGCUUUCCGACCAGCAGCAGGUGGUGCAGGAGCUGACGGCCGAGAACGAGAAGCUGGCGGAGGAGAAGGCCCUGCUGGAGAGCUCCUUCCGGCAGCACCGGGAACGCGCCGAACAGCUGAGCCAGGAGAACGAGAAGCUCGCCGCCCUGCUCCAGGAGAGACCCAAGAGCGACAAGGCUCACGAGCUGGAGCAACGCUGCGCCGAGUUGGAGCAGAAGGCCCGCUUCGAGCGGGAGAAGAUGCUCAACAUCCAGCAGCAGCUCACCAGCAGCCUCCGCAGCCUGGAACGCGAGCACCAGGAGUCGGUCGCGGCGGUCGGGAGCCUCCGGGAGGAGAAAAGCCGCGCGACGACGCUCCUGGAGGCCGAGCGGCAGAGCAGCGCCCACCUGGCCAAGGCCCUGGAGGAGUGCAAGGUCUCCCUGGAGGGGCUCCGGAUCGAGAGCGGAUCGCUGCGCUCCCAGCUGGAGAGCGAGCGGCAAAAAGCGGCCGCCGCGGUCGCCGCCGCCGGGUUCGCCGGCACCUCGGACGUCCAGGAGAUGCUGAACCGGGUCCGGGCGGAGAAGGAUCGGGCGGAGCUGGCCUGCACCGAGCUCAGGCAGGAGCUGCUCAAGGCCCACAGCGAGGUCAAGGCUCUGCAGGGCCAGCUGGCCAAGUCCGAAAGCGAACGGCGGCAGCUGAAGGAGGCCGUGGAGCAGCAGUCGGAACAACUCGCCCGCGCGGGGCUGAAGCUGCAGGAGAAGACGCUGGAGAACGAGGCCGAGGUCAAGAACCUGAAGGACGCCAUCUUCGAGCUGGAGGACCAAGUGGAGCAGCACCGGGCCGUCAAGCUGCACGACAACCAGGUCGUCCGGGACUUGGAGGGCAACCUGAUGAAAUUAGAAGACCAGAAGGCCGAGCUGGAGCGGCAGCUGAAGGCUCUGAACAAGCAGAUCAAGGAGGAGACGGAGGAGUGGCGCCGCUUCCAGGCCGACCUGCAGACGGCGGUGGUGGUGGCCAACGACAUCAAGUGCGAGGCGCAGCAGGAGUUGCGGGCCGUCAAGCGCCGCUUGCUCGAGGAGGAGGAGAAGAGCGCCCGGCUGGCCAAGGAGCUGGACGAGGCUCGCGGAGGAAGCGGAAGGCCGUGCAAAGAGGGUCCGAACCCGUCGGAAGAGCCCCCCGCCCGCUGGCAGGGCGUCUCCACCAACCGGGCUUCGCCGACCCCGCCAGACGCCUUGGCCACCGUCAAAUCGCUCAUCAAGUCCUUCGACUUGGGAUGCCCAGGUCCCGGAAACGGGCCGAGCGUCCCGGCCCGCAAGGCCUCCCGGAGCCCCUUGAGCGGCAUCCCCACCCGGACCGCCCCCGCCGCCGCCGUCUCCCCCAUCCAGAGACAUUCCAACGCCAGCCAGGCCAAACCCGCCGGGAAAACCUUCUCCAAGGCCUCGGAGCGGCCAGAACUCCCCUUGACAGACCUACUUAAAGAGCGCGGCGUCGGCAUCGGGGAGGAGCCGGACCUGAAGCCGGAGUCCUUCCUGCUGCGCAAGAGCCCUUCCCUGGAGUCCCUGGGAAAGACCCCCGGGGGACCCUUCGCAAGACCCCCCACCGGGCUGCGCCCACCCAGCAAACUCAGCGUGGAGAGGAAGGACCCCUUGGCGGCCUUGGCCAGGGAGUACGGCGGCUCCAAGCGCAACGCGCUGCUCAAGUGGUGCCAGAAGAAGACCGAGGGCUACCCGAACAUCGACAUCACGAAUUUCAGCAGCAGCUGGAGCGACGGCCUGGCCUUCUGCGCCCUUCUGCACACGUAUCUCCCGGCUCACAUCCCGUUCCGGGAACUGAACAGCCAGGAUAAGAAAAGAAACCUUCUUUUGGCUUUCCAAGCCGCCGAGAGCGUCGGCAUCAAACCCAGUUUGGAGCUGAGCGAGAUCAUGUACACGGACCGCCCGGACUGGCAGUGCGUCAUGCAGUACGUGGCGCAGAUCUACAAAUAUUUCGAGACCUGAGCUGAAGAUGGCAAUGAAGGAGGAGGCCAAGCACUCGGUCACUUUAGGAGACGGAAUCUCCCCUUUCUCUUCCUUUCUCCAGACUUUUAUGGCCUCUCUCCGUUGUUGUCGUUGUUUUCGCUUGGCUCAGGACCUUAUCCUCCGUUCUCACUGUGCCAAAUAGACUCUAUUUACUUCCAAAUGGGAGGCUGAAAAAGUCAUCCUCCUCUGUAUUGCUUCGUUUGGGUCACAUCGCCAAACAGGGGGUGCUUGUUUUGCCAAUUGACAAGAGUUUCGCUCCUGUGUCCUAACCCGAAGCCACCUCUCGUGUGAUGUGUAACUCCCUUUCUUAUGUAUCCCUUCAUCCCACUGUGGUUGUCUGUAUAGAAUAUCUCUCGUCCCGUUUUAACGUCACUGGGGUGAUCUUAAUACAGAUAAAUGCUUUUCGGUCUUAGCAACACUCCCGUUGGUUACGCGGCUCAAGGAGGUGAGGCAUCUUUAAAUACAGAGACAUGCCUUUUGGACUUAGCAACACUCCCGUUGGGUACGCUGCUCAAGGAGGUCGAAGGGUUUUGCUCUCCGGUCACAAGAUGAACACCCUUGCCCCAUUUUAAUGUCGCUGGGGUGAUUGUAAUGUAGAGACAUGCCUUUCGGUCUUAGUAACGCUCCCGUUGGGUACUCAGCUCAAGGAGGUGAGGCAUCUUUAAAUAUAGAGAUAUACAUUUAGGUCUUAGCACCUCUCCCGUUGGGUACGCUACUCAAGGAGUUUGAAGGGUUUCGCCCUCCGGUCGCAAGAGGAACACCUCCUGCCCCAUUUUAAUGUUGCUGGGGUGAUUGUAAUAUAGAGACAUGCCUUUCGGUCUUAGUAACGCUCCCAUUGGUUAUGCUACUCAAGGAGCUCGAAGGAUUUUGCUCUCUGGUCUCAUUUACACUCGCAAAACAGGUGUCGAAAAUAGAAAAGGAUCAACAUGUGUCCGUAUUUUGGAUGGAAAUAACCCACAAUUCGGUGGCUUUUCCUGUUUGGCGCAACGAAUUGGCUUUGCGAUAUGAACACUCCUUACUUUGUUGUGAAGGAAUCACAAACCCGUCUCCUCCUCCUUCCCAGAUUUGUGUUGUUCAGCCUAGGAGUUGUUCGUUCCCCUCCUCCUGCUGUUUGCUUUGUUCCGUCGUGUUUUUAUUUCCACGUUUCUAGAAUAGGCUUCGUGUUACAAAUCUUAGUUGGCCGUUAGCACUCCACCAAUAUUCAGAUUCAUAUGCCGUAUAUACUCAAGUGUGAACCAACCUGAAUAUAAGCCGAAGCUUAUAAGGUGGAUGCAAGGGCUUCUUUCCCUUUUCAAAGCAUUCCCUCGGCUUAUCUUCGAGUAUAUAGGGUGCAGAAACGCCUUCGGAAAAUCUGUGCAAAGUCUUCCGUGAAAUGUGGCAAAACGGGGAGCUACUUUGUUCCAGUUCCCCAGGUCUAAAGGAAGUUUUGGAUUCUUGUAAGUAACGUUGGGGUUUGUGAGUGGAGCUAGCAGGUAUGUACACAAGGCGUGGAUGCGGAAUGGAGGGUGCCAUCGGAGCCGCUCACGUUUCGCCUCCAAGUCGGCAGUUUUGCAAAGCCGAGACGGGUCUGAAUGCGGAAGAUGCCGUUCGAGGAUCCCGAGUCGGUUCUCGUCCGACGUUAGAAGGCGUUUGGGAUGGGAAUAAUAGAAGUUAAGGCCACACAAAUGUUCAUUUGGGGUCCUUUGGGGUCCAAAAUAUAUUCAGGGGGAGAAACGGACAGAUCUCCUGGAUAUCUCCCAACAUCUUCGGGAUAUUUUUCUCCACGUGGAGCAAACCUGUCUUUAUUUAGCAGAGCAUAUUUGAAAGUACCGACGUACGAGGGUUUGUCCAGGUUUCACUGUGAAAUGGGGGUGCAAGUAUUAUGAGAAGAAAAGAAAAAAGCAAUAGUUUCCCCCCCUAAUUAUGGUGUUCAGGUUUUUAAUUUUGAGCAACACAAUACUAACGUCGUUUGGAUGCACCACCGGCCUCGCGUUUCUAAUAAACGGCUUUUGGGUUCGGA